AAGGUUUUUAAGGGCAUCCGCUGGCCUGCGUCACUCUCUUUGGCAGCCUCGUCGUCCGAAUCGAUCUCCAUGGCGCACCGGCUGCUGCGGGACGCCCAGGCCGAUGGAUGGGAACGCUCCGAUUUCCCCAUCAUCUGCGAGUCCUGCCUCGGUGACAACCCUUACAUUCGAAUGACAAAGGCUGAUUAUGACAAGGAAUGCAAGAUCUGUAAGCGGCCAUUUACUGUCUUCAGAUGGAGGCCAGGACGAGAUGCAAGAUACAAGAAAACUGAAAUUUGUCAGACUUGCUGUAAGCUGAAGAAUGUCUGUCAAGUAUGCAUUCUAGAUCUCGAAUAUGGGUUGCCAGUUCAGGCUCGGGACACCGCACUUGCUAUAAACUCUAAUGAUGCCAUUCCAAAGAGUGAUGUGAAUAGAGAGUACUUUGCUGAAGAACAUGAUCUCAAGGCCAGAGCUGGCAUAGAUUAUGAUUCUUCAUAUGGUAAAAUGCAUCCAAAUGAUACUAUUCUAAAACUUCAAAGGACAACUCCAUAUUACAAAAGAAAUCGAGCCCAUGUUUGUAGUUUCUAUAUGCGUGGAGAAUGUACUCGUGGUGCUGAAUGUCCAUACCGACAUGAAAUGCCUGAAACCGGUGAAUUAGCUCAACAAAACAUAAAAGAUAGAUAUUAUGGAGUGAAUGAUCCUGUUGCUAUGAAACUUCUAAACAAGGCUGGGGAGAUGCCCUCUCUAAAUCCUCCUGAUGAUGAAAGUAUAAAGACCCUUUAUGUCGGUGGACUUGAUGCCCGAGUCUCCGAACAGGAUCUGAGGGAUAACUUCUAUGCCCAUGGUGAGAUAGAAUCCAUUAGGAUGGUGCUUCAGAGAGCAUGUGCAUUUGUAACUUACACCACAAGGGAAGCAGCUGAAAGAGCUGCAGAGGAGCUCGCCAACAAGCUGGUCAUUAAAGGUGUUCGACUGAAGCUUAUGUGGGGGCGGCCUCAGGCCCCAAAACCAGAGGGAGAAACAUCGGAUGAUGAUGCUGCAAGGCAAGGAGUUGCAUUUCAUGCUGGGAUGCUUCCAAGGUCCGUUAUAUCUCAGCAACAGAGCAACCUGCAGCCUCUUCCGCCUGGAACUGAGAAUCAUAUGCAGCCGCCACCUAACUAUUUCAACAUUCCUGCACCACCGCAAGCUACACGGUUGUUCUACCCUUCCAUGGAUCCUCAGAGGAUGGGUGCUGUAAUCCCCUCACAGGAGGGAGGCGAUAGCAAGGGUGGAUCGGAGCAGCGACCUCCUAUUCAUCAGGGACACGCUUAUCCCAUGGUUCCUUCACAUCAACAAGGGCAUUUCCCACCCCAUUACCCACCAUACGGCUACAUGGCGCCGCCACCAAAUUACCAGCAACAGCAGCAGCAGCAAUAUGCACCUUACCCACCAAUGACGGCGGCUUCACGGCCACCAGCGCCUCCACUGCCAUCCGCAGGACAGCAGUAUCCUCAAGGCCCACCUGGACCAUAGUAGUUUGUCAUCCUCAUAAAAAUUGCAACGGCCUGGGCAGCUUGGAAUUCGUUCGUGAGCAUUAAGGAUCCGUUGGACGUUGUUUACGUACCAUAGCUGCAAGCGAAGAACUGUUUAGUUUUGUUGUAAUCUUUCAGUACCAAUCUAUUGCGUCCUUUCAUAUUCUAGUAACACAGUGGAUGUGCCAAGUAUAUGGAUGUAUUUUUAUCACAUGAAACUGAAGUGUUCAACCGGUCCAGUUUGCAACAGCGCCCAGUCUUUGCAGAUCAUGUUAACAUCAAAUAUAUUUAUUGUCGUUUCUUUAUUAUUCA